AUGGUUCACCUUUCCCAAAUCCCUAACAAUGACAAGGUUGCUGCUCCCCUCGUCGAAGGGUUGAAGAAACUUACAAUGGCUGCUUCGAGCGAGGAGGAUCGAUUCACAACUAGUGUUUAUGGUUCUAGAUUUGCUGCGGAGGAUCUGCCAGAGCAUGAGAUGCCGGAUGGAGAGAUGCCCAAGGAGGUUGCGUAUCGUAUGAUUAAAGAUCAUCUUUCACUCGAUGGAAACCCUAUGCUGAAUUUGGCAUCUUUUGUUACUACAUUCAUGGAAAAAGAAGUUGAAGAUCUCAUGACUGAGAGUUUCAGCAAGAAUUUCAUUGAUUACGAAGAAUAUCCUCAAUCCGCAGACAUUCAAAACCGAUGUGUUUCCAUGAUCGGUCGUUUGUUCAACGCUCCUACAAAUGAAGAAGGCGAUGCUGCUGUUGGUACCUCGACCGUCGGUUCUUCCGAAGCCAUUAUGUUGGCAGUUUUGGCCAUGAAGAAACGCUGGAAGAAUGCUCGUAUCGCUGCUGGAAAAUCGACCGAUAACCCAAAUAUCGUUAUGUCUUCUGCUGUUCAAGUCUGCUGGGAAAAAGCAGCUAGAUAUUUCGAGGUGGAGGAAAAAUACGUUUACUGUACUCCAGAUCGAUAUGUAAUUGAUCCUGAGGAGACAGUCAAUUUGGUGGAUGAGAAUACCAUUGGUAUUUGCAUCAUUCUCGGAACUACUUAUACCGGAGAGUAUGAAGAUGCCAAGGCUGUGAACGAUCUUUUGAUCGAGAAGAACAUCGAUACCGUUAUUCAUAUCGACGCAGCUUCAGGUGGAUUUGUAGCUCCAUUCACCGUACCAGAAUUGGAGUGGGAUUUCAGAUUAGAAAAGGUUGUUUCUAUUAACACCAGUGGUCAUAAAUAUGGACUCGUCUAUCCAGGCGUUGGUUGGAUUGUUUGGAGAGCACCAGAAUACCUUCCUAAGGAGCUUGUUUUCAACAUCAAUUAUCUUGGUGCCGAUCAAGCUUCUUUCACUCUGAACUUCUCCAAGGGUGCUUCCCAAGUUAUCGCUCAAUAUUACCAACUCAUUCGUCUUGGUAAGAAGGGUUACAAAGCUAUCAUGAGCAACUUGACAAGAACCGCCGAUUAUCUCUCCGAUUCUCUUGAACAACUCGGAUUCCUUAUCAUGUCUCAAAAGAAUGGAAAAGGCCUCCCACUCGUCGCUUUCCGUAUUGACCCAAACUCCGACAAACAUUAUGAUGAAUUCGCAAUUGCUCAUCAACUCCGUCAACGUGGAUGGGUUGUUCCAGCAUAUACUAUGGCACCAAAAACUGAUAACCUGAAGAUGUUACGUGUCGUCGUCCGUGAGGAUUUCAGUAAAUCAAGAUGUGAUUCAUUAUUGAAUGAUAUCAAGUUGUGCUGCAGUGUCUUGGAUGAGAUGGAUAAAGAUACUGUCAAGAAGAAUCAAGAAUACAUUAAGUCGCAUGCUACUCACUCUGGAAAGAGCAAGCAUAACCAUGCUCAUUAUAAGAAUGAGAAGCAUAGUUUGCAAGGAAAGACUGGAAAGACUCAUGCUAUUUUGACGAUUAGGAGGGACGAAACGCAAAGGUACGAAUCGAGAGAAGGAACCCGGGAAAGACAAUACGAUACCAGGUUGGAUGAGACAAAUCAAACGAGCUCAACAAACGAGAGAAAGAAACGACGUAUGAUAGUUUCCAAAGGGAUAGAGGAAGAUUGGCGAGAGAAAUUACGGAAUAGAGGAUUUCAGAGCUGCCGAGGAGAUAUGAGCGCUGGAGGUGGAGUAGCAGCAGGAGCAGGAGGAGUACCGCAGAAACAGAUCCGCUUCGUGAAUAAUGAGGGACAACCGCCUGCGAAGAGGCGGAGGGUUAAUGCUGCAUGUCGGACCUGCAGGAAACGCAAAACAAGAUGCGAUGGGAAACGACCACUUUGUUCGACAUGUACGGAUAAUGGUCAUGAAUGUAUGGGGUAUGCGGAGGGAUCUGAUGGAGCUACGAACUCGAUAAGGAAGGAGGUGAAAACCCCAGAUGGUGGGGAAGGAGAUGAGGGGGAUUAUGCACAUUCACAUCUCCGGAGGCCUGGAACGUUGAAAGAAAACUCGAGAGAUACGGUACCGCAACAAUUUCAACAAAGAGCGAAUACAACUGCUGCACGGACGAGAGUUGAGGUUGAUCAAUCAUAUAUGCAUGAUGCAUCUCGAAGGCUGGGAAGUGAGGAUAUGGGGAACAAUCGACCUGGAAAUCCGGGGGUUGACUAUAGAGAUGCAGUUCUAUUUCCAGACGAGAGUCCCAAUCCUCUCGAAAGAGAUCAACCACUUCUCAGUGAAACAACCAUCAGUGAAAGCCAUCGAGUACCAUAUUUCAGAUAUUUUGGUCCAACAGCCAUUGUACCCGGAUUCAAACAAAUGGUGGUUUCUGUUCGGGAACACAAAAGAAGUAUGGGCGCUCCAUCGUCCUCUUCUCUCACAAUGUCACCCAUAUCCGCGAAACAUUCUAGUGGGGGUUCUGUGAAUGGAACGCCAUCUCAAGCGGGUACUGAGCCAAGGUCUGCAAUCGAUAUGCCACUUUAUGAUCCUAAUGAUCCGUUACCGGUCAAUAGACUUAUAAUCCAUCUUGUGGAAGUCUUCUUUGCUCAUUUGGGUUGUAAUUACCCUUUUCUAUCGAAACGACAGGAAAAUUUCAAACGUCUGGUAGAAGAAAAGAAAGUUGAACCUAUUCUUGUAGAUGCAGUUUGUGCAUUAGCGGCUCGAUUUUCAGAUCAUCCACUUCUCACUACUUCACAUGAUUCACCACAACCGAAAUCAGAAUAUGGACAAGUCUUUGCUCAGCGAGCUAAAGCGGCUGUCGUGGAUACAUUUCCUUGUCCCACGGUUGGAGCUGUACAAGCUUGUUUAUUACUUGCUUAUGAGGGAUUUGGUGCGAAUCAAGAUAGUGCGUUGUGGAUGUAUCUUGGAUGUGCUAUAAGAAUGGCGGUGGAUCUUGGGCUUCAAAAGUUGGAUGGUGUUAAACAUCAAGGGCAGAAGGAUCCAGGAUACCAUAGGUCGACGAAGGAAGGAGAAUCAGAUGAACCUGAUGCUACUAUUACAGCGGAAGAGAAAAGUGCAAUUGAAGAAGAAAGAAUAGAUACACUCUGGGCAGUCCUCAUGCUUGAUCGAGUUAUUUCUUCUGGCACUGGUAGACCAGUGAGUCUUAAAGAUGAAGAUCUCGAAUUGACACUUCCAUCCGUAUCCAACAAUACAGAAGAAGCAUGGCCAGAUCCUUUCCCUGCACUUAUCAGAAUCAUACAUUUGUAUGGUCUAGUUUCAGAUUUGUUGAAUCGGAUAAGAGGUGCGGACGAUAUUACACCUGGGUUGAUAAAACAACUAAAGGGUAUGGAAAAGGAUUUAACUGUGUUGUAUCAAAGUUUGGAUGGGAGAUUGGAAUUUUCAGCGACCAACUUUCAACAUUAUGUUAAGAGUGGGGAGGGAACCAAUUUUAUACUUGUUCAUUUUUGGUUUCACACCUUAAUCAUGUUACUUCACCAGCCUACUUUGAUGCAAUCUCUCGAAGGAAAAGUUCUACAAUUACUUCCUCAUAGUCGGGAACUCAGCAUGUCAUCUGCUAAAACUAUUGCGGACAUCUUGGCUUUUGCUGAACUUAUUGAUCCGAGAUCAUUUAUUGGAAACCCAUUUACGUGUCAACCGAUAUAUAUCGCUGGAUGUGCUUUUCUUAAAGAGAUUGCGUUGCACACUUCUCAGCCAUCUUCUAGAAACCCCAGUCCUCGUCAAAGCCCUCCAUCGGAUACUGUGAAAUCAGGUGGGAAUCACAAUAAUCAAGGAAAUCAAAAACAGAAACAUUCAUUGCUUGCAGCAGCAGCGAAUCAAAACUAUCAACGGUGUCACAAAGCUUUACAACAUAUAGAAUCUUAUUGGGCUGGAACACGAUAUAUUCGAGUAGCUAUGGAACAGAAACAAAGUGGAAUAGAUCCACAGGAAGUGGAAACAUAUACGGCCGAAGAAUAUACCGAAGCUACUAAACCAAGACAUGAAAUUAUACCUAAUUGGAGACGAAAAUUCUCUGCAAAUUCUCCUGGUAGAUUUCCGGAAUUUGUACGUUCACCAAUGAUGGAAGCACUUCCUGGAUCUCCGGCAAUAGAUUUGGCUCAAGCUAUUGGUUGGUCUCUGACUGGAACUACUAAUUCUCCAAGUUCAAAUUUGACAUUCAUGUAUCAAAAUCAAAGUGCAGCGGAUCAUUUAGAGAUGAGAGCUCAGAAAGAAUAUGGACAGGGAAAUAUGAUUUAUGAUCCUAUUAGACAAAGUUUACCGGAAAAUACAGCGGGUGGUACGUCGACUAGUGGGAGGUUUGAUAGAUUUAUAGGGACUUCGAGGAGUAAUCAUAUGCCUCCUCCGGGACCAAAAUUCAUGCAUGGUACGAACUCAAAUAUUGAUGCUAGUGCAACGGCGGAUGCGGAAAUGUUACUGGGGUUGGGUGCUGGAGGCAAUGGAAGUGGCAGUCCAUAUCCGACACCGAGGAGUGAAAACCAUGCUUUUGAUCCAGGACCAAGAAAUACGAUGAGUCCAAGGCCAGGAAGAUCAAGUACACCUGGGGGAGGAGGUGGGUAUGAUUUCUCGCAUACCCCAUCGACAUCUAGAGCGGGAGGAUUCUAUAAUCACAACAAUCAUAAUCACAAUAAUAAUAACGGAAGUAAUCUACACGGUAAUAAUAUACAUCCCGUUAACGGGCACGCAAAUGGAUCGGGUAAUGGACAGGGAAAUACAUAUCAUGCGGGAAAUCAUACAAAUACAAAUUCGCAUUCGCACGGGUACAUGGGCAUGGGAAUGGGAAACAACGGGAUGGGCGACAUGAUGAUGGAAAGUCAGGAUAUCGAUAUGAGGGGUUUGGGGGAGGAUAUGAUGCCUUGGUUGGAGUAUUUGCCGGGGGAUAUGUUGGGGUUGAGUGGAUUUUUUGGGGAGGAGGGAGAGGGUGGGGAAGAGAGUCCGGCUCAUGACCCUAUGCAUUUCGACAACGAUUCCGAGGAAUAG